AUGUUUACUAGUUUAUUAUUGGCCGAGAAAAGACGAUCACUUCAUCGCUCCUCACACCUUUCAUGCCCAGAAACGCAGUGCUAUCGGCAAGCGUUCGUCGCUAGAGGACUGUGUACAGCAGCUGGUAAACCUCGCAGGCGUAAGAAUGGGGCUGGAAUCAAGGCAACACAAGAGAUCGUUCCAUCGACUGCUGAAAUAGCCACCCCAGCUGAAGCUUCCAAGCCGUCAGUCAAGGCUAAAAAAUUGCCGAAAGCGACAUCAUCCACCGCCUGCAAUCCAAGUUCCACUUCUGCACCGCUCCCUCUAACUGCUGAAAUAGCUACCCCUUCUGAAGCCACCAAGUCAUCAGUCAAGAAUAGAAAAUUGCCAAAACCGUCAUCGUCCACUGCCAGCAAUCCAAUUUCCACUUCUGUACCGCUCAAGGAGGUUCCUGUGGCUGUAAAGCAAGACAAGAAGCCAAAUGUGCCACCUCAGAUGAGUUCUGAAGAGCUCUCGUCUCUUCUAUCUUUGGAUGAGGCAGACGAUGUCUCCACCUACCCGGUCCUGAAAUUUACCGACUUUUCUAUACCGCUGACAGAAGUUGAUUCCUCUGCUGUCUCAAGUCCAAGCCGCUAUCUCACAGCACUUCGGCUUUGUCACAAAUUCUCCCAUGGAUGUGCCUUUAUUCGUCAUCAGCUGUUCAAAUUAUCUGGUCAAGCAGUUCUUGAAGCAGCGCGUCUUCUCGCAGACACCGAGUUACGUCGUCGAUGUACAAUGCGCUUGAAGCUGAAGUUGGACGAAAACCCUGAGGAUAUUGCAACGCUUUCACGGGAUCUACUUGAAAGAUUCAAAUCCACUCGUCUGCCUCCAUCAAUGGCCGUUGCGAUCAAUGUUCUUCUUGGAUGCAUGAUAGAACCAGUUCGAACGGUGAAUGAAACCUCUCUUGAUGAAAUGAAGCAAAUGAUAUUUCGAGCAGAAGUCCAUCACCAUUUAGCGUGCACUGCGCUGGAUUUUGAUCUCUGGGAUAAAUUUAAGUGCAUUAUGAGUUCCUGUCCUUUAUCACCUCAUUACUCGCCAAUUCUUGUGUUUCACAUAACCAACUUCAUUCUUAGAAAUCCGGUACGUGCUUCUCAUUCGAAAUUGAGUCCUUUAGUAUCCUUAUUUUCAACCAAAAAUUCCAGGAACGACAGAAAGGAGGUACUGAAAUGGUACCUCAGCGCAUUGUCUUUGGAGCGUAAACCGUUGAAUCAACUUCAGUGGUCUAAAUAUGCGGCAAAUAUAAUCAGGGUUUGUGGUACAAAAGCUGAGCCUGUGGUUGUAACAAGGAGUGGAAUGAUCGAAAACAGUACUGGAAAGAAUCAGCAGCUCUCACUGCCUAAAGAGGAUCCCAUCAAUGAGCAAGAUUUCCUUUGCCUGAAGAAUGAUUUGAAUAGCUUGUUGAGCGAGCUCAGCAAAGGCAGCGGUAGUGUCACCAGGAAGGAAGUCGCUACUUUACGGAAAUGCAUACAGUCGUGGUCAAAAGGGAACAGCGAGCGAGCGGUGGUGAUAGACUCGUUGAACGUCUUCCAUGGCAAGACUUAUGCAUUCGACCCGCUUGUGAAGCUAACGAACAGGCUGGCGGCAGAGUACGAUAAUGCCGUGCUCGUGACAAGGCCGUUCUUGGCUGAAAAGUUGAAGUUUGUGCGAUGGCGAGGAAACGUUCGCGUCUUCUCAUGCUCCACUUUGUCUGAAGAUGAUCUGCUGGUGUUGUUGGCAGCAGUUGAAUGGGGCCCAAAUGCCUACGUGCUCAGCAAUGAUAGAUUUGGUGUGCAUGUGGAACGUGCUAACUGCACUGGACGACUUUCUCUGGAAGAGUGGAUGCGGCGAAGGAUACUCCGAUUUGACAGGGUUCACUGGAACUAUGAUGCCCUCCCUGAAUACGGCGAGUUCGUCCAAGAAGUCACUCCAAACACGUUUUUCGUGCCGAUUUCUGAAGAAACUCCUGGUAUUCCUCGGCGAUCUGCUCGGCUUGUCACGCUAUGA